AUGAAAAAGAAACUCCUGUCAUCGCUGCCAGGAGGCGUCAUAGGAACAAUCUUCAUUGCGCUUGGCGCCUUGGCAGCGGCAGCGCUGGCUCCGGACAUUUUGAUGCCGCCCGGUUAUAUGAUGUCGAACCCCAUCAUGCAGCAAGGCCCUUCGCAACGAUACUAUGCACCAGGAGGUGAUGACGUCAUCUUAUUGGGCGGCGGUUCACCGGUUCGGAUGACGCCCAGUUUCCAGCAGAUGGGAGGACCCAUGGGUCGGCCCGCCUCUUUCGACGUGAUGGGGGGUUCCGGUCGCCCGUUCUACGGUUAUGAUAUGGCCGGCGGGUCAGGUCGAAUAGGUCCCAAUCUUUAUGCCCUUGAAGCACUACGUAGAUAUGGGUAG